GGAAAAUAAAAGAGGGGAAAAGGAAUCGAAGAGGAGGAAAUCAAAAACCCCAAACGGCUCUCCACCUCCCGCUCGCCACUUCAAUUUCCCCGCCGCCGCCGCCGCCGAUAUUUCCAGCAGUGAUAUACAUGAACAGAAGAUUUUUAGUAUAAUCUCUUUCUUAAUUAAUUUAUUUUUUGUUUAGCCGAUCCAUUGAAAGAGCUUGAUAUGGCUUAUGGCGGCCCCGCCCUUGCUCCGACGGCGCCACCGAGUGGCUCUAAAACAGUUAGGCAGGUGAAGCUGGACAAAGAAUGUGAAUUGAGAGUUGAAGUCAGUCCUGAUUCCCCGCUUCGCCUCCGCGUGCUCAACGGUACCGCCGAGAUUUAUGGAACCGAAAUUCCGCCGGAGAUUUGGUUGAAUUUUCCUCCCCGGCUCAAAUUUGCUGUUUUUACUUGGUAUGGUGCAACAAUUGAAAUCGAUGGUACAACAGAAACUGAUUAUACAGCAGACGAGACACCCAUGAUCAGCUAUGUCAAUGUACAUGCUGUGCUCGAUGCUAGAAGAAAUCGCGCCAGAGCUUCACCGAGUGAUUCUGAUGAUUCUCAGGGACCAAGGGUUAUUGUUGUGGGACCUACUGAUUCUGGAAAGAGUACGUUGUCAAGGAUGCUUCUUAGUUGGGCAGCUAAACAGGGAUGGAAACCUACUUUUGUAGAUUUAGACAUUGGCCAAGGAUCUAUAACGAUACCUGGAUGCAUAUCCGCUACACCGAUAGAACUGCCUAUUGACCCCGUCGAAGGAAUUCCUCUUGAUAUGCCUCUAGUUUACUUCCAUGGCCAUGUCACUCCUAGUGCCAAUGUAGAACUUUACAAGGUGUUGGUUAAGGAGCUAUCUCAAACUCUGGAAAAGCAGUUUACAGGAAAUGUUGAAUCUAGAGCUGCGGGCAUGGUCAUUAAUACAAUGGGGUGGAUUGAAGGUGUUGGUUAUGAGCUGCUGCUGCAUGCAAUUGACACGUUGAAUGCCACAGUUGUUCUUGUUUUGGGUCAGGAAAAACUUUGGAGCAUGCUUAAAGAUGUUCUGAAAAACAAAGCUAACGUAGAUGUGGUGAAACUUCAGAAAUCGGGUGGUGUUGUCUCUAGGAAUGCCAAAGUCCGGCAGAAGUCCAGAGCCUUUAGAAUACGUGAAUAUUUCUAUGGACUAGCAAAUGACCUUUCGCCACAUUCUAACAUCGUAAGUUUCAGUGACUUGUACAUUUAUCGAGUGGGUGGUGGACCCCAGGCCCCACGCUCUGCUCUGCCAGUUGGUGCAGAACCGGCUGCAGAUCCCACAAGAUUGAUUCCAGUUACUGUUAACCAAGAUUUGUUGCAUCUAGUUUUAGCCGUCUCGUUUGCUAAAGAACCUGAUGAAAUUAUUUCCAGUAAUGUUGCUGGGUUCAUCUGGAUUACCGACAUCAACUUUGAAAGCAAGAAAAUCACAUACCUCGCUCCGUCUGCCGGAAAUCUUCCGGGUAAGUAUUUGAUCAUGGGUAGCCUCACAUGGUAUGAACCUUGAAGAAAGCGUGUCUCGAUUUUCAAGUUCUCUUGUAAAAUUAAUACUUAAAACAAGUCGUAAAACUGCUUUUUUUUCCAUAGUUUAGUGUGGAAUUAAGGUCUUUGCACAUGUAUGGUUUAUGGAUAAUAUCUCAGUUUCUUACUAUAUUAUUUCGAUAAUUAUUAUGACAAUUGUCGACUUAUAUAAAACAACUGCGUGUAAGUCUUAAU